UAGAGUGGACGUCAACUUGAAGGGGACAAAACAGGAAGUGACAUUGAACGUGGGGAAUGAUAGAGAGAUAAACAAGGGAAAAGAAAUAUAGAACCUCUAAGAACUGCCAGUGAGACAUAGGACCAGAUGCAUGAGCUGAUUGGAGGACUUUGAUAUCUGUGGAAGGGACAGUGCUUACAAGAUAACUAAAACGAUGGUAGGAGUCUGAAUUGCAGCAUUUGAGCUGGAGUUGGUGGGAGGUGACUUGGAUAUAACUGCUUGGUGUGGAUUUUGAAGCCCAUAUAAAGGAGGCUUCUAUUUACUGGGCUGCAGAUUUGUUGGGCAGAUAGGAGGGCAAUUGUGAUAGGGGUGAGAUUUGUCUUCUUUGAAAGAAAGAGGGAGACCUGUAAAGCUCUGUGACCCUAUUGAGAUUGGAGAAGUGGUGGAAGACCCUUAUCAAGAUGCAGGUGGAGAAGAUAAAUACUCGAAGCCAGACACAAAAGGCAGCUGCUCAAGCUCAAACACAGAGAAGACUUUCAGCUGAUAAAGGGAAAAAUGUAGAUAUAUCCCAAAUUCUGUUAGAGAAAAUGGAGGCCAUGUCUGCAAAUAUAACCAAUAAUAUAACAAAGCAGAUGAAUGACUUCAAAAGGGAAAUAAAACAGGAGAUCCGAGCGGACUUGAAAGAGAUCCACCAAACAGUGGACAAGAUGAUGGCAGAAAUGCAGGUCACCAAAAGAAGGGUGGAUAUAUUGGAAUUUAAGAGUGAAAAAAUGGAGAAAGACUUGUGUAAAUUGGAGAGUAGGAGAGAACAAGACCUGGAUGAGAAAGCAUUAUGGGAGCAAAGGAUGAGGGAAAAGGCAGUGAAAAUUAGAGGUCUAUUAGAGGAAAAGAACGAGGAUCUGUAUGAGAAAUUAGUUCCAAAAAUCGCACAGUUUUUGGAAAAAGAAGUUACAACGUUCCAAUUUGAAAUUGAUAAACUCUUCAGGAUUAACUCCCAGAUUGCCAGACAAAAGGGCUUGCCAAGAGACGUGGCCCUCCAUUUUGUUAGAAAACAAACACGGGAUCUAUUUUUAAAUAAGCACAACGAAUCACCAUUCCAAAUAGAAGGACAAGAUUUGAAAGUGCUGAAAGACAUUCCGGCGAGAUUAUUGAGGAGAAGGAGGGAAUAUACAAGUUUAACUACUCUUUUACGAAGAGAAAAGAUCCCAUAUAGGUGGGAAAUCCCAGAGGGUCUAACGUUUUGGUUUCAGAAAAAAAGAGUGAGGAUUACGUCUCCAGAGCAGGCAAGAGGUUUCAUAAGGAAGUUUACAGACAUGAAGAAGUACCAGAAUAAACCUGAGGAUUUCAAUUUGGUUCGACAUGGGGAUCGAGUGGAUGAAGAGGACGAUAGAAGAGAGGAAGCAGGCGCAGCUGCAAAAAUGAAUAUAGACCUGAUGUUAAACAGAAGAGAAGAUGAAGAUGAGGUAUUCGAGGAGGGGGAAGUGGAUGCCCUAGAGGUGGUGACUUCUGACUUGUUAAGUAAUCUGGACUAUCAACUGGACAUUCAAAGUGGAACAGCGGAGAUCGAAGAAUUGAGAGGUGGUGACGAGGAAGUUUUUCUUGAAGAAUACUUUGAUAAUUGAUAAUUGAUACUAUUUGCUUUGCAGCCAGAACACUAUACGCAAAAUAUUGGAGAUCUGAAGAACUACCCUCCAUAGAUGAAUGGAAAUUUAAAUUGUUGGAAAUGUUUGAAAUGGAUACACUAGCAUCAUAUAUGGAGAAUGAUACUACGUCCAAGGUUUCGAGAGACUGGGCUCCUUGGUUCUCUUAUAUUAAACAAGAAAAGAGCUCCAAUUGUUAUACGGUAAUAGUAGAUUAAAAUCUAAAUACUGGGACAUAUGGAAGUUAUAGAAUGAAUAAGGAGGUAUAUAUGAUAAUUGAUGAUAUUUUAUAGAUAAGAGGAGGGGCAGGUGUUACAUAGGUUAAAAUUAAUAAGCAGUCCAUGUAAAGCUUUAUAAGACACUCCUUGAUAGGACAUUAAAGAAGUAUAUAGAGUUAUAUUUAGUAAGAAUAUAUCAUAUCACUGUAACUGGAUGGGUGGUAACAGAUAGGUAGAGAUGUAGUUUGACUAAGUUUCCUUGAUUUAAUAGUUAACUGUGCAUAAGAGUAUGUGUAGACUAGGAAAGAGAUUUAUGGUGUAAUCGUUGCUCAGCAGAGGAAGUCAUGUGUGUGUCAGGUGUUAAGUGUUAGUUAGAUAUAAUUGUUGGUGGGUGGUAUUGUGUAUUGUGUAAAGUGUUUUAAUUGUGUUUAAUGUAUGGUGGUUGUUGUUUGUUUGUUUGUUUAUGUCCUUUUUUGU